CUCUUUGACUGGACACUUCAAUCAAAGAGGAUUAGCCAAUAAGGCAGGGGCCUUAUUCACGGGUACCGUCUCUGGUUUAGUUCUGCAGGAUUGACGAAUUGUAGAAGAAAUAAGUAUUGUCAGUGCUUAAUAACUAGUUGGGAGUAAUUAACCAUGAGGUUAACAGCUUUUUUGCUGCAUUGGAAAAAAAAGCCUCCUCCAGGGCACGUGUGGAGAGGAAAACAUCGAAAAGUUAAGGAUCCUGCCUACUAUGAUCUGUUAAAACUUCGUCAUGACUUCGAGCAAGAAGAGCGCAACAUGUUAUUCCUUCGUCACCCAUAUCUCACCAAAGAGCAAUCAGAAGGGCACAUGAAAGAGAUAAAGGUCAGGCCCGAUUUCGUAACGAUCAAUCAAAAUGCGAGGAACGAGAGAUUUAAUAAACAUUUUACUUGGCAAGAUCAGUUGGUUCACUUAAGGACUACUGACUGUUGGGAAUAGUAUAAAAUCAAGGUGAAUGAAUAAAAAAAUAAUUGGAUCAUACCUUUAUUAAACAA